AUGCCACCAUUCAACCUUACCAGCUUGACCCCAGCAACAUUCAUCCUGGCUGGCAUCCCAGGCAUGGAGAAGUUGCAUAUCUGGAUCUCGAUCCCGUUCUGCUCCAUGUAUCUGGCUGCCCUGCUAGGAAAUGGUGUCGUGUUGUUUGUCAUAAGGACAGAACGUAGCCUACACCAUCCCAUGUACCUCUUCUUGUCCAUGCUGGCCAUCGCUGACCUGAUGCUGUCGACCACGACCGUGCCCAAGAUGCUGGCCCUGUUCUGGUUCAGGGCGGGGGAGAUUUCCUUCGGCGCCUGCCUGACCCAGAUGUUCUUCCUGCACUUCAGCUUCUCGGCAGAGUCGGUGAUCCUGCUGGCCAUGGCGUUGGAUCGCUUUGUCGCCAUCUGUUACCCCUUGCGGUAUGCGGCAGUGAUGACCCAGUCAGCCGUUGCCAAAACCGGGCUGGUGGCUCUACUGAGAAGUUUCUGCAUCAUUUUCCCGUGUGUAUUUCUUCUGAAAAGGCUGCCCUACUGCGGGCACAACGUCAUCCCGCACACCUACUGCGAGCACAUGGGCAUCGCCCGGCUGGCCUGUGCCGACAUCUCCAUCAAUGUCUUGUACGGCCUGGCAGUGCCUUUUGCAGCAAUAGUGGUAGAUGUUGUACUCAUCGCUGUCUCCUAUGUCUUAAUUCUUCUGGCAUUACUCAAACUCCCUUCCAGGACUGCCCGUCAAAAGGCUUUCAACACCUGCAGCUCUCAUGUCUGUGUUAUCUUACUUUUCUAUAUUCCUGCUUUUUUCACUGUUUUAACACACCGCUUUGGUCAGGAAAUCCCUCACCACGUCCACAUUCUCCUGGCCAACCUUUACGUGCUCUUUCCCCCGUUGCUGAACCCUGUGGUGUACGGUGUGCGGACACAACAGAUAAAAGAGAAGGUUGUGAAAGUGUUCAUCUGCCCCAAGACUCGUUUGCUGCGAGAAUGA